AUGCCCCACAUAGACGCGGACCUCAAGCUCGACUUCAAGGAUGUCCUGCUCAGACCUAAGCGGAGCAGCCUCAAGAGCCGGGCUGAGGUGGAUCUUGAGCGUACCUUCACGUUUCGAAACUCGAAGCAGACCUACUCAGGGAUUCCCAUCAUUGUGGCCAACAUGGACACCGUGGGCACGUUUGAGAUGGCAGCUGUGAUGUCACAGUACUCCAUGUUUACAGCAAUUCAUAAGCAUUACGCCCUGGAUGACUGGAAGCUGUUUGCCAAAAAUCACCCAGAAUGCCUGCAGGCAGGGAACGUGGUGACGGGAGAGAUGGUAGAAGAGCUUAUUCUUUCUGGAGCAGACAUCAUCAAAGUGGGAGUUGGACCAGGUUCCGUGUGCACCACCCGCACCAAGACAGGGGUGGGCUACCCCCAGCUGAGUGCCGUGAUCGAGUGCGCCGACUCUGCCCACGGCCUGAAGGGGCACAUCAUCUCUGACGGAGGCUGCACGUGUCCAGGAGAUGUCGCCAAAGCCUUUGGAGCUGGAGCAGAUUUUGUCAUGCUGGGAGGGAUGUUUUCGGGCCAUACUGAGUGCGCUGGAGAAGUGAUCGAGAGGAACGGACAGAAGCUCAAGCUCUUCUACGGGAUGAGCUCUGACACGGCCAUGAAGAAACACGCAGGGGGCGUCGCCGAGUACAGGGCCUCAGAGGGCAAGACUGUGGAAGUGCCUUACAAAGGGAACGUAGAGAACACUAUUCUGGAUAUUCUUGGGGGACUGAGGUCUACCUGCACCUAUGUGGGGGCCGCCAAACUCAAAGAGCUCAGCAGGAGGGCAACGUUUAUCCGGGUGACCCAACAGCACAACACCAUGUUCAGCUAACCCGGAGGAGGAGUGGACGUCUGGCUCCGGUGGAACUUCCACACACACCUGCUUUUCCCAUCUUCCUCCUUGUCUGUCACGUCAGAGCUUCUGGCUGCUCCUGAAUGGAGGGACACUGCAUCCUGCUCCUCCCUCCUGCCUCCUGGAGGCUUUGGGGCUCUCCCUAGUGCCUUCUCAGGGCCCAGAACAAAGGCAUUACUGAUUGGGCCAACUGUCAGAGCCCAGCUGCCCACAACUCAUCACCUCUUUGUUAAAACCAACAUUUGCACCUUCUUUCUUUUUAAAGAAAAUGGUUUUACUUUAAUAUAAUGCUGUUAUCUUAAGA